AUAUUUAUUAUCCAAAGUGAAGACUCCAACUUGUGCAUUAAAGUGAACGCAGUUGGCCUUGUUCUGGAAGACUGCGGUCAACUCUCAAAAGACAUGCUAUGGAAAUGGGUAUCCAAUCGCCGUCUUUUCAACAUAGGCAGAAGUACCUGUCUAGGACUGAACAUCAGUAGACCAGAACAGCCGUUAAGUAUGCUUGAGUGUGAUUCAACUCAAUACUCAUUAUGGUGGAAUUGUGAUGGAAAAGCAUUAGUUGGCGUAUCAGAGUACAAAUUAGCUGUUGAAAACAGCAAACGUAUUGUGGCCAAAAAAAAAUCUACUUAUCAGUGGAAACAGUACAUGUCCUACGAUGAAGACCUUUGUGAACACCCAUUUCAAGAAAUAUACACCUUGCUGGGAAAUUCUUUUGGUUUCCCAUGCAUUUUUCCAUUUAAAUAUAACAACAAGUGGUAUUACGAGUGUACCAGAGAUGGAAAGGAGUUUGACUGGUGUGCCACAACAACUCACUAUGAACAAGAUGAAAAAUGGGGGUUUUGCCCAAAGGCUGAGAGCGGCUGCGAUGUUUUUUGGAAGAAGAACCCUGACACGCACGUUUGCUACCAGUUCAACCUCGCAUCUGUGCUGACCUGGCGUGAGGCACGGGCUGCCUGUCAGCUGCAAGGAGGAGACCUGCUCAGUGUCACCGACCCUGAAGAGCAGAACUACAUAAGUAACUUAAGCAGGCAGUUAAACGCCACAGACAUGAUGCUGUGGACGGGCCUGAAUCGCCUGGAGGAAGAUGCUGGCUGGCAGUGGUCAGAUGGAGCACCGCUAGUGUUUGUGAACUGGAGAGCAAAUGUCUCUGAUACCCGUUUUAGAGAAAAUCAUUGUGCAGUGAUUAGUUCAAAAUUGAAGUACGGCUGGCAAAGUUAUUUAUGUGAAUCUGGAUUGCCUUUUGUAUGCAAAAAAUAUUUAAAUAAGACAGAGCAUGAAACACUGGACACAUGGAAGUAUUAUGCAACUCGUUGUGAUGCUGGCUGGUACCCACACAAUCGCAACUGCUACAGACUUCAUAAAGAGGAGAAGAGCUGGAACGAUGCUUUUAUCUCAUGCCAAAGUGCCAAUAGCGGGCUCAUUAGUAUAUCCUCCAUGGCAGAUGCAGAGCUGCUUCUUAACUUGCUUGAAAGUGAAAAUGUAACUGAAACGUGGAUUGGGUUAUACAGUAAUAACACCCCUGUUGUUUUUGAGUGGUCAGAUAGCACUCCAGUAAAAUUCUCUAACUGGCACAGCCAAGAACCUAACACCUUUCAAAGAACACGGCAGCUCUGUGUUUCAGCACAAGGAUCUGAGGGACGCUGGAAGGUUAAAAAAUGUGAAGACAGAUCUUUCUACAUUUGCAAAAAAGCAGGGGAAUUUAAUAAUGUCUCUCCUGAGCAGGAAUCAAGUUGUCCAGAGGGAUGGGAAAGACAUGGUGGAUAUUGUUACAAAAUCGACAGUACCCCUCGAAGUUUUGAACAUGCUUCCAGUGGUUAUUUCUGCCCAUCUGCACUUGUAUCAGUAACAAACAGGUUUGAACAAGCUUUUAUCAACAGCAUGAUCCGUAGCAUGGUGAAAUCUGAGAGAACUUAUUUUUGGAUAGGAUUGCAAGACCUUAACAACACAGGAGAAUACUUUUGGCUAAGUACAGCGGGGAAGAAUCGCUCUGUGAGCUACACAAACUGGAACAAGUACCAGCCACGUCAUUCCGGAGGAUGUGUGGCCAUGCGAGGGCAGCACCCCGUUGGUUACUGGGAGGUGAAAAGCUGUAAGAGCUUCCAAGCAAUGUCAUUGUGCAAGCAAAAAAUCAACUCUUAUGAAGAACCUGAACUUACUUUUCAAAAACAUUUGAGUUCCUGCUAUUUUGGAUGGGAGUCAGAAGCUAAUCUGCUCAACUGUUACAAGAUAUUUCACAACGAAAAAGUUCUGAUGAGAAGAACAUGGGAUGAAGCAGAAGCAUUAUGCCAAGAUUUUGGAGCACAUCUUGCUAGUUUUAGCCAUGUCUAUGAAGAGACAUUUUUAAACAAUUUAUUAUAUACAAUUUUUGAUAGGACAGAAGAAAGACAGUUCUGGAUUGGAUUUAACAAAAGAAACCCGCUUUCAGGAGGGAUAUGGCAGUGGUCUGACAAAACACCUGUUGUAUCUUCAUUUCUGGAGAGCAAGUAUAUUGAAGAUGACUCAAGAAACUGUGGUGUGUUCAAAGUAAAUAGAACCGUCUUUCCAGCACACUGCAAUGAAAAGCGUGAAUGGAUAUGCAAAAUACCAAAAGGUGUUAAACCAAAGAAUCCGGAUUGGUACAUAGCUGAGCUGCCGUGGUCAUAUUAUCAAGGAGCAGAAUAUCUUUUCCAUGUCAGUCCUACGGACUGGGAAACCUAUGAGUUUGUCUGUGGCUGGCUUCGCAGUGGAAUGGCAACAAUAAAUUCUUCUGGUGAACAAGCCUUUAUUCAAAAUAAAAUUAAGAAGCUAUCGAAUAGUGAUGUUCACUGGUGGAUUGGAUUGCACACAGAGAACCUCAGCAAUGAAUUUCGCUGGAGAGAUGAAUCACCAGUAACAUACCAGAACUGGAAUGAAGGGAGGGAGAGAGAUCCACAGAAAGCAGGGAAAAGAUGUGGCUUCAUUUCAUCACAAACAGGACUCUGGGGUGAUGAAAACUGUACUGUCUCUCUUCCCUGUAUUUGUAAACGUAAAUUUGCAUGGAAAAUAGAGAAAGAGAUUCCAAAAGACCACAACCAACAAGGAAUAUGUCCUAAAGGCUGGUUGCACUUUGGAUUCAAAUGUUUUUUGAUACAAAUCCCAAAGGAUCCAGAGCAUCUGAGAAACUGGUACUCUGCACAAGAGUUUUGCAGUAGCUAUGAUGGGUCACUUGCUUCCCUCGAAGAUGAACUAGAACAAGCUUUCAUAACCAUGAAUCUAUUUGGACGGAAAACUAGUGUUUGGAUAGGUUUCCAGAGUGAUGAUUAUGAAAAAUGGGUGAAUGAAAAUCCUCCAAUGUAUUCCAACUGGUCUCCAGUUGAAGUAGUGGAUAGACAGCGUUAUAACAGUGCAAACAUUCAGGAACAGCUUCCACUAUGCACAUUGGUAUCAAAUAACCCUAAUUUUUAUUUUACGGGAAAAUGGUACUUGGAAAACUGUCAGAAAAAUUAUGGGUUUGUGUGCCAAAAGACUCAGGCCGCAUUCCGGCACAGCCUCUCAGACUGGGAGCUUCUGGCAUCCCCAGGGUGCUCGGGCGGCUCUGGAGCCCGGUCCCAGGGGCUGCUGCGGCUCUGCCAGCGGGAAG